AGGAUGGUCCGCACGCUGUAUGCCAUCGGUGCUGUGUUUCUUCUGAUGGGAUUUCUGCUACCAGCAGCAGAAGGGAGAAAGAGGAAUCGUGGAUCUCAAGGUGCUAUCCCUCCUCCUGACAAAGAUCAGCCCAAUGAUUCAGAGCAAAUGCAGACACAGCAGCAGUCGGGCUCUAGGCAUCGAGAACGAGGAAAAGGUACCUCAAUGCCUGCGGAAGAGGUGCUGGAGUCUAGUCAGGAGGCAUUGCACAUCACUGAGCGCAAAUACCUAAAGCGGGAUUGGUGUAAAACUCAACCCCUCAAACAGACUAUCCAUGAAGAAGGCUGCAACAGCCGUACCAUUAUCAACAGGUUCUGCUACGGCCAGUGCAAUUCCUUCUACAUCCCCAGGCAUGUCCGUAAAGAGGAAGGCUCCUUCCAAUCUUGUUCCUUCUGCAAGCCUAAGAAAUUCACCACCAUGACUGUUACACUCAAUUGCCCUGAGCUUCAGCCCCCGAGAAAGAAGAAAAGAAUCACCCGAGUUAAGGAAUGCCGGUGUAUAUCUAUUGACUUGGACUAAACUGAGAAAAAUAUGGUACCGAUUGCACUCUGACUGUACGCAAUCAUUGCCAGCAUGAGAGCGAGUGGCAUGAACUAGCAUACCUUCGGGGCUGGACAAAAUUGUGAAUUACCUAAAACAAGAAAAAAAACAAAAAAACAAAGGAAAAAAUUGAUGUAAGGGAAGGACACACAUGUGUAUGUUUGUUUGUAAGGAGAAAAUGGAUGUGUACAAGCAAAUAUAUGAAUGUUCACUGCAACAAAAAAAAUUAACAGGGGUAUGAAAUAUUAAAAAAAUCUAUUUACCCGCAGUCAUGAAUUAGGUUUCCUAGUGUAUAUUCACAUUUUUGCCACUUGCUGGGAAAGUGGAGCUGUGGCUUUUGCUAAUGUUCACCUGCCGUGCUAUUUGCUUUUACUGCAUUAAGAGAAACAUCGAAGUGAGAGGACAAUAUAUUUGAAAGCGUGAAUCUAUUCUUAAAUACGAAGUAGGCAAAAAGCAGUUUAAAGCAUAGCAAAACCAUCACUGCAAAUAGCAGCUGUAUCAAGAGUUUGUAACGUGCUUCUUCAAAAAAAUAACUGUAAUCCAAAAGCCAUGUCUGGAGAACAAUGGGGGGACAUGGGAGUGUUGAAAAGUCAGUAUAGGUGGAUGGAAAACAGAGCUACAGCAAGUUAGAAAGCAAAAGACCAAAGUAAGUAGACGGGGAGAGUACAAAAGGGAGUAGAAAAAGGACAGAUACAUAAAUAGGAAGACACAGAGGAAGAUAUAUUGUCUUCUGUUUACGUUUUGCUUUAAUUUAUAUACCUAGUCUUAUAUUACAUAAAUUAAAGAGAAACUAUAUACAAGGCUAUAAAUAUACUUCUGAAUUCUAAAGGCUCUCUAAAUCAAUCAAAACCCAUUCUUGUGCCACUAGAUCCAUUUGAUGUCUUGUAUUUCUGAUAUCAGUUACUCUUCAUAUCUACAUAUAUAUGUAUAUGCAGUAUCUUUUAGUCAUUGGUAUCUAUAUGUACAUGCAAUGAGUAGGCAUACUCCAUUGUGUGUAUCCGAACUCUCUCCUUCUCUUUCUCACACACAUACAUAAAAACCAUACAUAACCACAGCACAAAAAUCUUGCUAACCAAAAUCAAGUACAGAAUGGCAGUAAUUUAGUACAUAAAGAGCAAAGCAAAAAUUAAAACAAGCAUCAUGUGACGGCAAAUGCAAUAACCACACAAGAGACAAAAGACACGACAUUCAUGACUAGUAAACACUGCAUUGUUGUUGUUAUUUUAGCUUUGCCACAGGCAUGCAGUUUGUUGAAAAAGAGAUGCAGAACUUUGCCAGCAAUAAUCCUCUUUUUAUAUCUUUUACCACAGACUUGCAUUUAAACGGGAUUUGGACUAAGUAAAGAGAAUUUCCUGAAAAUUAAGGGCUAACUGCCCCUCUCAUUUGGGGGAAAAAAACCCAUAAAAGGGGACACACUACUUCCAACAGCUCGAUGAAUCUCACCUGUGAGGUUAUCCUGCCUCUUCUUUCCUUCAGGAUUAGAAGCUUCAACUUGAUCAGGGCUGUGGGUUUUGACAAGAGCGCAGAAGGUCCUGCAAAAGCAGUUGGUUUAGCUAGGUGGACCCUGGGCCAUUGGACCUGAGGGGCAGCCCUUCCAUGCACGUUGCCCUUGCUUUCCUGGGGGUCCGAUGGGAAGCCUGGGGGUUGUCUUGCUGGCUGCAUCUCAUACCCCAUGCUGUGCAAAUGGCUCAUGCUGUCCUGGGUGCUGGCUUUGCAAGUGUGCUUUCCAACUGGGUGGUGAAGAGAUGACAGGGUGCUGCACACCUUCCUGCCUGUGCCUGUGCCUUGUGCCUGCAGGGCCCCGACAGCUGGUCCUGUCCGGUGGGGUACCGAAGGAAAGACGUGUUUGUACACUAGAGUCAGUACCGGUCCUGAAAGCAACCUGGACAUCACUGAUGUGAGUGAAAUGGGAGUUAAGUCCACGUUAAUUGUAUGAUGGGGCUUGGAUAGUCCAGGACUCAGUUUCCCCAUUCAGCAGCAAUACUCUCUAGUAUCCCCUGUCAGUGUAACUGCUCUUUCUCACACCAGAUGCCUCUCUCAGCUGCAAGGUGAUUAUCUUGAUAGCAUUUCUGUCCACUGAACACUGAGGAAGACAAUUCGGCUCUUACUGAUGUGUCCAAAGGGAAAAAUAUACAGUGGCAUGUCACAGAUGCAUCCAGUGUGCAGUCAUUAUAUCAGAUGCCCCAGCUGUUACACAGUGCAUCAUGCAGUUAUUGGCGAUAUCCUGCAUCUCUGCAAUUAAUAUAUUUUUACUGUAAAAUCCACUGCUGUGAGGUCUGCAUUUGUAAGAUUAAGAGAUUGCAACUCAUUGAUUGAUAUUAUUAAAAUGCAUUUUGUCUGGUGUACUCUCACUCAGCAGGUUUGACACAUUUCUUCAUGGAUUUUAAAAUCCAAUUUUAAAAUCUGGAAUUACAGGAGGUAGAUUUCCACUGUGUGGAAUGUGAAUAGUUAAACAGAAAGAUAUGGCUAUUUAAUGUUAUUAUUAAUACAAAUCCUCUUUCACUGAUAAUAGGCAGGGGUUGUUUUCCUUUAAAUUACUUUUUUGAGUUGGUUUGCAGGGGAAAGGGCCAAUCUCAGUCGUUGCUGAAAGUUUUGUACUAGCUAGGACUUCUGUUCAAGAAAUGAGCACACCUUAAGAAUGAAUUUUUUUCUUCAUGUGAAGUUGACAGCAAAACUCCCAUUGUCUUUUACAGUGACUGCUGUGUCCCUAAACCCUUAGCCAUUAAGCAAAGCUUCAGACAUUACUGACUCCUUUAUUUAAGAUUAGGCUAAUAUUCUGAAGGAAAAUUGAUAAAAGUUUUACAAAUCUUUAUGUCCAAAACAGCCUGUACAUAGACCAUGACUGAACUCCCCUUGAGGCAGAUUCCCCCCCCAAAAAUGUAAAUUUUAUACAAAGAACUUUUAUGAAUUGCUAGUUAUUGCCUGAGAGUAAGAAAGUUCUGCUAACUUACAAUUAUACGAGAUAUUUAAUAUCAACCACAAUAUGUAUUUAAAUGUCUGCUUUAUUCUAAAAACAAUGGACUAUAUAACCUAAGGCUGCAGUAUUUUCAUGCUCGGUCUCACAAAGCAAAACUUGGUUUAAAAUGAAGUUUUAAUUAUUUUGUAACUGAAUAGAAUUGGAGUUUUUUCUUCCCAGCAUUUUGUACGUCAUUUUAACUACUAGUAACAAAUAAAUAAAAUAUC